AUGAGGGGACAGAAGGUGAGCAUGUUAUUGGGCUGUGCUCUCCUCUGCUCCGCCUCUCUCCUGUACCUGGGCCUGAGUGGCAUCGACUGCCCUCGCCCCGACCACGCCCACCACCAUACCUGGGCAGACGCCCACCAGGGCUCCACCAAUCAGAGCCAAGCAUCUUCCAUUUACUAUGGCGAGGACACACCCCUCAUUUUCAUUGGUGGGUUCCCUCGGAGCGGCACCACGCUGAUGCGGGCCAUGCUGGACGCCCACGAUGCAGUGCGUUGCGGGGAGGAGACACGGGUGAUCCCGCGUCUCCUUGCCAUGCGUGCCACCUGGAGUCGCUCGGCCAGAGAGCGGGUCAGACUGGACGAGGCCGGGGUCACCGACCAGGUGUUGGACUCAGCAGUGCGGGCGUUCCUACUGGAGGUUAGCCAUGGUGUUUAUCUCUCCAGUUUUGUAUUCUCACUUUACAUAAAGUAAUCCUGAAAUAUCGCAAGGAUUGCCUAGGCUAGGAAGCUGCAGUGUAAUUAAAUUGUAACUGCACCAUUUUCUAUAUAGCCUGGUGGCUGGAUUCAUUGCUUGCUUGAUUGAUUUCUUCCACCAGGUAAUAAUAGGUCACGGAGAGCCAGCAGCCAGGCUGUGUAACAAGGAUCCAUUUGCUCUGAAGUCUCUGUCCUACCUGGCCCGUAUUUUCCCCCAGGCCAAGUUUGUCCUCAUGCUACGGGAUGGAAGGGCUACCGUCCACUCCAUGAUCUCACGCAAGGUAGAUACUGCUGUGUGUGUGUGUGGGGGGGGGGGGGUUCCCUCUGCAUGGUGUGGUCAGAUGAGCUUCCAUUUUUCCUUUCUCUUUCACUUCACUCUCUUCUCUAUAUUUAUCUCUAUUUAGCACAGACUCCUUCUCCCUCCCUUCUCUCUUCUUGCAGGUGACCAUCUCUGGUUUUGACCUGACUAGUUACAGGGACUGUCUAACUAAGUGGAGCCGUGCAGUGGAGGGCAUGUACUCCCAGUGCCAGGGGGCGCCAGAGGGCAGCUGUCUGCCUGUGCGCUACGAGCAGCUGGUACUGCACCCAGAGGAAGAGAUGAGGAAGCUGCUGAGCUUCCUGGGGUUGCCAUGGGACCCGGCCGUGCUACACCACGAAGACCUCAUCGGCAAGGCCGGCGGAGUGUCGCUGUCCAAGUGAGCGAGAGAGAGAGAGAGAGAGAGUGUGUCUUUAAUGUACAUGCAUGACAUGCACCCUCCUUAGAAUCAUUAUUUCCCUUCCCCUUAAACCUUUGCUGUAGAAGAUUAUGGCUAACAGGUGUACUUAGCAGUAGUCUUUACACAGGAUUCAUACAUUACACGGUCUCUGUCUGUCUUCACAGCUCACAUCUCUCUCUCUCUUACACACUGCCUCAAUAAAUACACAUAGACACAUACUGAAAUUCCCUGCUCAAACACACACAUACAGUACCAGUCAAAAGUUUGGACACACCUACUCAUUCCAGGGUUUUUCUUUAUUUUUCACUAUUUUCUACAUUGUAGAAUAAUAGUGAAGACAUCAAAACUAUGAAAUAACACAUAUGGAAUCAUGUAGUAACCAAAAAAGUGUUAAACAAAUCAAUAUAUAUAUUAUAUUUGAGAUUCUUCAAAUAGCCAACCUUUACCUUGAUGACAGCUUUGCAAACUCUUGGCAUUUUCUCAACCAGCUUCAUGAGGUAGUCACCUGGAAUGCAUUUCAAUUAACAGGUGUGCCUUGUUAAAAGUUAAUUUGUGGAAUUUCUUUCCUUAAUGCGUUUGAGCCAAUCAGUUGAGUUGUGACAAGGUAGGGGUGGUAUACAGAAGAUAGCCCUAUUUGGUAAAAGACCAAGUCCAUAUUAUGGCAAGAACAGCUCAAAUAAGCAAAGAGAAACGACAGUCCAUCAUUACUUUAAGACAUGAAGGUCAGUCAAUCUGGAAAAUGUCAAGAACUUUGAAAGUUUCUUCAAGUGCAGUCGCAAAAACCAUCAAGCGCUAUGAUGAAACUGGCUCUCAUGAUGACCGCCACAGGAAAGGAUGACCCAGAGUUACCUCUGCUGCAGAGGAUAAGUUAAUUCGAGUUAACUGCACCUCAGAUUGCAGCCCAAAUAAAUGCUUCACAGAGUUCAAGUAACAGACACCUCUCAACAUCAACUGCUCAGAGGGGACUGUGUGAAUCAGGCCUUCAUGGUCGAGUUGCUGCAAAGAAACCACUACUAAAGGACACCAAUAAUAAUGAGAGACUUGCUUGGGCCAAGAAACACGAGCAAUGGACAUUGGACUGGUGGAAAUCUGUCCUUUGGUCUGAUGAGUCCAAAUUUGAGAUUUUUGGUUCCAACCGCUGUUUAUUUGUGAGACGCAGAGUAGGUGAACGGGUGCUCUCCGCAUGUGUGGUUCCCACCGUGAAGCAUGGAGGAGGAGGUGUGAUGGUGCUUUGCUGGUGACACUGUCAGUGAUUUAUUUAGAAUUCAAGACACACUUAACCAGCAUGGCUACCACAGCAUUCUGUAGCGAUACGACAUCGCAUCUGGUUAGUGCUUAGUGGGACUAUCAUGUGUUUUUCAACAGGACAAUGACCCAACACACCUCCAGGCUGUGUAAGGGCUAUUUGACCAAGGAGAGUGAUGGAGUGCUGAAUCAGAUGACCUGGCCUCCACAAUCACCCGACCUCAACCCAAUUGAGAUGGUUUGGGAUGAGUUGGACCGCAGAGUGAAGGAAAAUCAGCCAACAAGUGCUCAGCAUAUGUGGGAACUCCUUCAAGACUGUUAGAAAAGCAUUCCUCAUGAAGCUGGUUGAGAAAAUGCCAAGAGUGUGCAAAGCUGUCAUCAAGCUAAAGGGUGGCUACUUUGAAGAAUCUCAAAUAUAGAAAAACACUUUUUUGGUUACUUCAUGAUUCCAUAUGUGUUAUUUCAUAGUUUUGAUGUCUUCCCUAUUAUUCUACAAUGUAGAAAAUAGUUUAAAAAAUAAAGAAAAACCCUGGAAUGAGUAGGUUUCCAAACGUUUGACUGGUACUGUACCUCACCCGCUUGUCUCUCAUCUUCUGAUGAUUGCAUACCAGACGUUUGAUGUGUUAUGGAAUAGUUCACAAUAAAGAGAUGCCUGAGGAAUAGGUAGAUAUCCUCCAUUUCCGUGUGAUAGAAUAUGUGGACACUAACAAUGCUCAUUGUUCACCAGGUCAGCCAUAUCUACUACUACGAAGUGUACAGGGGUCAGUCACAGUCAGUCUGGUUUUUCCAGCUGUGCAGUACAGACCUGGGUUAAAAUACUAUUUUAUGUUUUUUCAAAUACUUGUGCCAGAUGGACAGGGUUUUCUUUUCGACUAUUCCACUCAAUGAAUUCCAGAAAGUUUUUUUUAAUGAGUUCAUAUAGUAUUUGAACCCAGGUCUGGGUAUGUUUUAAUGGAAGGUUUAGAAGAGAGAUGAUGAGACAUACUUUGAAGCCAGCUGUGGUACAGUCAGUGAGCUGCUUUAUAUAAUACUUUAUAAAGUUGAUCUGUCUUAUGCAAUCAUUACAUAAUGGCACAACCAUAUGCUCCUCUCAAAGCUAGGAAAAAAUUGACGCACACACUCACACAAACGUUGGAAUUAGUCUAGACCACAAUGUGUCCCUUGUAGGUUGGAGUGGAGAGGUCAGAUGGAUAAUCCAGUCUCACACAAACACACAGACACUAAUGUUCUAUCUAUCUGUCUGAUCUCCCCCCUGUAGAGUGGAGCGGUCCUCAGACCAGGUCGUGAACCCUGUAAACACAGAUGCCCUGUCAAAGUGGGUGGGUCACAUCCCCUCUGAUGUGCUGCGUGAGAUGGACGACAUCGCCCCCAUGCUGGCCCGCCUCGGCUACGACCCCUUAGCCAACCCCCCAAACUACGGCCGGCCAGACCCCAUCCUACCCCACAACAACUACACACUGGUGAGACCUGACUUGAGGCACCAUAUCAACAUUUACAUCCUUUCGUAUUUUUAUUCUUAUGGACAGUAA